AUACAUUACUUAUUCCUUUGCAUUCGCAUCAAUUAUUAUGAUCUAGUGACAACCUUCAAACAAUUGGACUCUACUGUCAAACUAGUGUCAAAGUCAAUGGAUCAUCUAUUUUCGUUGUUGCUUCGGUUCCGUCAAAAAAAAUAAUAGAAAAACAAAUAGCGAAUAUGUUUUUACUAUAAAAGUGUUGGCCUUGAAAUAAAAGAAAAUCAGCAUAGUAUAAAAUUCUCAAAGCGGAUGUUGGUUGUUUGAAAGUUCGCUGCGACGAUGCUAGUUACUUUGAAGCUUCCGGACGGCCGAUCGGCGAACCUUUUUUAUAUCAAGAAGAAGUGCAAAGACGGGCCAGGUAAACAAAACAAGAAACAGUUGAAGGUUGUCAAAGUCAAGUCCGUGGAGAUGAGCGAAGGUAACCUGAAGUUGAGGAUGAACAACAACCGAGUGACGUAUACCAACAAGAAGAAUGCUCGCGAUGAGAAGAACGUCGAUAGAAAGAAAGUUAUAUUGAAUUUGAUAAAACCACAAGAUAUGGUGUUGCCAGUGCCGUCCGGCUUCGACUGCCGCUCCAAGAUGGGUCAGUUCGGGUGGAUAUCUUUCGAGGUGAAACAUAUACCUUUCAUAUACAGGUACGAAUCGACGAAAUUGGUCGCGCUUCGGAUCGUGAAUCAGGUCAUAUUCCCGCGCUUCUUGAACUCCUUCCGCCAACUGCUGUUCGAUUUUUUCGUGGUGAAGUCGUUCACGAUGACGGACGUCGAAAGGCAACUCUACAACGAUAUCAAUUUCAACCAUUGCAACGGGGCGUACGGUCUGAACAGCUUCCAGUCCGGUGUGCAACUAGUGUCUCUCGAUGACCUGACGAAGCUGUACGACUUCUUCGUCUUCGCCUACGGCAAGCUCAAGCUGAAGUCGAAGGAGCUGAGCUCGAACUACGGUUACAUUGCGAUCAACGGAAACAACAACAUUGUGCCAUUCGUGCGCAUCAGAGAUAGCAUCUGUUUUCCCAUCGUGUACUUCGAUGGUGACUUCAAGUAUCUCAUCAAGUUCACGUUCCAAGUCGAUGAUUAUUACACCGGAGUACUCAAAUUCCUGAUAAGGUUAAUGAACGUCGAGCUGAAGUUCGACAAGAUCCAAGUGAUCACGCUGGAUGAGAUCAAGAAGUUCUUCGAGCCCAAUACGACUUUCGAGCAUACGUGGAUUGGCAAGGAGUCGGAUGUUUUUCUGAAUACUGGCAAAGGAAGCAACGAAUGCAUCAUGCGGGUUCAAAAUGCAGAUGAACCGGUGACACCACUGACGUCUGUCAACAAAACUGCAAAUAUUUACAACAUGUGAAUCUUAUGCAAAGGUCAAAACUCCAAGAUUUUAUUAGAUCUCAACUGUACAAUCCCACUUUAUAGUAUUUAAAUGUUACUCAUUGUAAAAUACUCAAUGAUAUUCUUAGUAAUUAAA